UGAGGGAAAGACUUUACCGCCGCAGCUCUCAUCCGUUUCCCCCCCCCCCCCCCCCACUUCGAGCAGAGACUUUAACUGGACAAGCGGAAAGUUUGCGCUGGAUUUACGGGAUUUAAGCCGCCGUGGAGAUUCUCGGUACUUCUUUGUGACACGCUCGGGGCGGCUCGGAGUAUCUGUACCCCCACCCCUCCUCCUCCACUGGCUGGCUGCUAGCCUCGGUUACCGCUGAUCAACAUGGUGGCCUGCUGGUGAGGAGAACCCCGAAGCUCCGUGAGGGGGAAUUUUCAGUAACUCCAUCCGCAGCCCGAACCGUUUGCGGCGGCAGACACCAAAGCUCCGGAGACGUCACCUUCCCCGUGGUGGUUUUAUCCGCGUGUUUGUUUGGUUUUUGUGGCUCAAACGGCGGUUUUGUGGCCGUUAAAAGAGCGUGUUCUGUGGACCGUGGGUAAUUGGAGUUAACCUGAAAAAAGUUCCCCCCAGACCGCCUGAAAGUUUCCCCGACACGUUUGAAACCACACCGGACAACUGUGAAGGAUUAAUUUAAGGAUUAUUUUUAUUUUUAUUUUCUUUAAAGACGGAUGCUGAUAAUUUGGUGAGCAAGUGCAGCCUCCUGGACCAUUUCCAUCCUCUGAAAUCCUUCUCAUUUUUAAGGUUCUCUUUCUGUGGAUUAUUAUUCUGGAUUAUGGCAUAAUCCGAACCGCAGCAGGCCUGCUGAUUUGGAAGUAAAGAUCUGCUUUUUUGUUGUUGAUUAUGAUGAUGAUGAUGGUGGUGAUGACAGAGAAAAGCGAUGGUGUCCCUUCGUUAUGAUUCUGCCUAGAGAAGAGUUCAUUACAUGGAGACUCGCCUGACAUGCCGAGGAAGGAGUUGCCACUACCACACGGUUGGGAGGAAGCCAAAGACUUUGAUGGGAAAAUUUACUACAUCAACCACAUUGAACAGUCCACCAGCUGGAUCGACCCUAGAGACAGGCAGACAAAGCCUCUGACGUUCGCUGACUGCAUCGGAGAUGAGCUGCCGGUGGGCUGGGAGGAAGCUUACGACCCCGUCGUCGGAGCGUACUAUGUCGACCACAACACCAAGCGGACCCAGCUGGAGGACCCGCGGGCCCAGUGGCAGCGGGAGCAGGAGGCCAUGCUCCGAGACUACCUGGCUGUGGCCCGGGAUGCGCUCAGCGCGCAGAAGGAGAUCUACCAGGUGAAGGAGCAGCGGCUGCAGCUGGCGCAGCAGGAGUACCGGACGCUCAACGACGCCUGGAGGGACAAGUCCACGUCACAGACGAGCCUAAAUUCCAGGUCGUCCUCAUCCAGCAAAUACGACCCAGAUAUCCUCAAAGCGGAAAUUGCCACAGCCAAAAGUCGAGUGAACAAGCUGAAGCGGGACCUGGCCUGUAUGAAGCAGGAGCUGCAGUACAAAGAGCAAGGCUUCGAGACGCUCAGAGAGAUUAACCAGAAAGUAUCCAACAGCCCAUCCGGCUACAAGCUGCAGGACGCGCAGGCCAUCCUCACUGAGGUUCGCUCCAUUCGAGACGCCAUCAGCUCCGGAGAGAAGGAGAAGCAGGAGCUCAUGCAGAAACUGGCCGUGUUGAAGGACGGCUUCCGACUGGAUUCUGGCUCCCAACAGGAGCUGUGGGGCAGCAGUCCUUCGCUCGCCAACUCUGAGACGUCCAUCCCUCGCCUCUACUCCGAUGUCGGAUCCCAAACCGACCUCCCAGCUGAGUUUACGACCAGCAGCAACAAACUGGCAGAGAAAGUUCGUCUGAGCCUGAAAUACGAUGAGGCAAAGAGAAGGAUCGCCAGCAUCGAGGUGCAGAUCGCCAAACUGGACAGCGAGGCGUGGCCGGGCCUGCUGGACCCGGAGCAGGACCGCCUCAUCCUCAUCAACGAGAAGGAGGAGCUGCUGAAGGAGCUGCAGUACAUCAGCCCACGGACGCGGCUAGAGCCCAACGAUGCUGAGAAGCUGGAGACGGAGAAGAAACGCCUGGAGAGAGACCUGCAGGCUGCCAGAGACAACCAGAGCAAGGCGCUGUCCGAGAGGCUGCGACUCCACUGCAAGAGGAGCGAGUUGGUGAGGGAGCUGGAGGAGACGGUUCGACUGGCCACGUCUCUGCAGACGCAGCUGAGGAGCCUGUCGGCCAGCACUCUGUCCUGUUCGUCUGGCAGCAGCCGUGGGUCACUGGCAUCCAGCCGCGGCUCGCUGGCCACCACAUCCAGCCUUGGCUCCGCCUCCUCCCUCAGCUUCACCGACCUCUACCUGGAGCAGCCUGAGCUGGCUGACCCGGACCUGCGCAGCAAGCUGGACAGCCUCCUGCAGGACGGCGGCCCGGUCGGCUAUCGGCCAUCCAGCUCCAUCACCACCAUCCACGAGCAUGAGGUGGUGACGGGCUGCGGCCGGCGCGGCGCUGAGCGGUCCGACGAUGCCGGGCCGGGCGGUGCCGAGUCUUCCCGGGUCCAGGCCCUCAGGCUGUCCGAAACGCCACGCUCCAUGAACUCGUUGUCUCCCCGCUCAUCUCUGUCGUCGCUGUCGCCGCCGUGCUCACCGCUGGUUUCGGACACCACUUUCCUGUCGGGGGAGACGGGGCCCGGCGGGGUUGGACUGGACCUGGAGCUGCGCAGCAGGCUGGCAGAGCUGGAGCUGGAUCCCGAGGAGCAGCGGAGAGAGCAGCUGGAGGACAAGCAGAACCUCAACAAUGUCCUUGGAGAUGAGGGCAAAGGUGCUCAGAUUCGAGGGGCGGGGCCAAAGAAGAUUGGUGUGACCUCAGCUGUAUCCGAUGAGUCAGUGGCCGGUGAUAGUGGAGUUUACGAGCCAUCAGAACGCAAGCCAGGCCUCCCUACAGAACUCCUCCAGAGCUCCUAUGAGGAUCGGUCUGCUUCCGGCUGCUCCCAGGUCCAGCUCGGCUUCCGCUACGAAUCCAGAGACCAGCGCUUCAUCAUCUCUAUCAUACAGCUGUCCAACUGCAAUGCCCUCUUUAUGCCGGCUGAUCAGAAAAUGCACAUCCGCGUGGCAGUGCUGCCACCCAUUCAGGCCACCUGCUGCCUCUUCCGAACACGAGGCCUGCUCCCUCAGGACAUGGUGGCCAUCAAUGAGGUGUUCGGCAUGCAGACGUCACACAACGGAUUGCGGCAGAAGACUCUCAGGGUUGACAUCUGUAACACCAGCAAGUCGGGCCAUGAGCAGUGUCUGGCCGGAGCCCAGAUCAGCCUGGCUGAUGUCAGCUGUUCAGAGGAGCGAUGCACCAAGUGGUUUAACCUGCUGAGUUGCCUGCACAUGUCUGAGAUUAACAACAAGGACAAGGAAACAAGAGCAGAGGGCAGCUCUGGCAGGACACACGAAAGAGUUCAGCCUCCUGAGACUGAUGAGUGGCAAGGCGAUCCUCUUGAUGUAGACAUGUCUGAUGAAGAAGAAAAUGAUGAGGAGGGUGUGGAUACUCAGGAUGAAGAGGAAGCGUUUUACCCUGACCACAGUCAAUGGGUUGGAGAGAAAGAGGAGAAUGAAGAGGAGCAGAAGGUGGCCAAAUCCACUCCGACGGCACCCAUCACUGAGAAGGUCAACAAAGAGACAAGCAUUGACAAUUUGUCAGCAUGUCAUCAGUGGUCGGUGGUUCGACCCAAGGAGCGCCGUCCUGACUUCCACCAGCAGAACCCCUUUAUGAGGGGCAACACCAUCAUCCGCUCCAAGACUUUCUCCCCUGGACCUCAGAGCCAGUACAUUUGCAGGAUUAAUCGCAGCGACAGCGACAGCUCCACUCUCUCCAAGAAGUCUCCGUUUGUCAGAAAUGCCUCAGAAAGACGCAGCAUGCGCAUGAAAAGGCCUGCAGUGCAGGUGAAAGGUCUGGACGGCCUCCUCCGCACUUCCCUGGACCUGGAGCUGGACCUGCAGGUGUCCCGGACACGGCAGGUCCGGCUGACCCAGGAGCUGCGGGUUCUGCGGGAGCUGAAGAUGCAGCUGGAGAAGGCAAGGCAGCAGGGACAGAGGGAGCUGCCUGCAUGGGUCCAAGAGGACGAGCGCUUCCGUCUGCUUCUCAAACAGGCUGAGAAACAGACUCAAGAGGAGCAGUUGCAGGAGAAACGGGUAGAGAAGAUGAUGAAGGCAGCAGCCAAGGAUGUCCACAAGAUCAGAGGACAGAGUCGAAAGGAGCUCUCUGAGGUCCAGAACUUUAGAGAGAAGAUUGCAUUUUUGACGCGUGCAAAGACCAGCAUCCCAGACCUGCCGGCCGACGACGUGUAGAGAAGCAUUUCAAAGUAUCUUUCUCCUCUGAACCUGUUGCUCCCUCGCUGCAGGGCAAACCCUCGCUGCUGUCGUGAAGAGUUAAAAUCAUAUUGGACACAAAAAAAGACCACUCAAAACGGUGAAGAAACACAUUUUAAAGCAGCUCAGCACUUCUCAUGUGGAUAGUCUGUACAUGUAAGAUGGCUCUGGAGCUCCUCCAUCUUUAUUCGCUGUAUUGUUUCUGUUACUAACCAGCUGGUUUUAGUUGUUUGAAGUCAUUCCAGCAAAGAAAUCUCAGACCUUUAAACUAAACUCACACAAAUAAUGUACAUAAGUAGCACAAAAUUAAAUCAACAAUGGUACUAGAGUUCAGUUUACGCUGAUGACGAAUCAAAACAAAUCUGAAAAAUAUUUAAUAUUCACACUGUAUUUUUAGAGCAUUUAGAAAAUUGUAUAUGCAAACACACAAGCACAGUGUUUCUUUUUUUGUUUUUAUUAUGUUUUUGCUGCAGAUGUGAAGAAAUCAUCUCUGUGUAUGACUUUAAAGGCCUUCUAUUUGGUGCAUCUUGUUUAUGCUAAGUGAGAGUUUCAAUCCUUUUCCCCCAAAACUACAACUCUCAAGGUGCAUUUCAGCAAGAAACAUCCAGGUGCAAGAUCUAAAGUUUCUCUUAAGUAGCAUAAAGCUAACAACAUUUUAACUGUUUGGUCUUUGUGAGCUCCUGACAGUUUGUUCUAAGAGUUGUUGCUAAGAGGGAUUCGAUUUUAGGUAUCAGAAGAGGUUUUUUCACCUUCAAUUCAGUUAAGGCAUGAAUAUUGUUUUUGUUUUUCUAUAAUAACAUGCAAUUUUUCAAAAAGAAACGGCUCCUAACACGUAUUUUAGAAAUGGGACAACUUUUACAGUUAAAACAAUUAAAUCAAAAUUUGAACAUGGGUACUGUAAAAUAUUCAGUGAAAACAGCAGGUUUCUAAAUUCCUAAUUUGGAAAUCCCAGUGGGCCUGAAAUAGACUUGAUGAAUCCUCAAACACCUGCAAUUAGCACAUUUGUCCACAGGUGUCACCAAAUUAUAUGGAUCAAAACUCUCAUUUCUUCAGUAGAAUCUAUUUUAACUUAAAACAAGCAGCAUUUAAAAUGAUUGUAGAACAUUACGCACCAACUCAGAGAGGAAAACUAUAGGUUAUUUGGGCUUUACAGACACACUCUUGGAAAAACAAGCAUUUUGUCAAUUCAAUUAUCUAACCAGCUCAGCAAAAUGUAGAAACAACACUAACUCACUAACACUCAGGUAGUUUAUUGGAUAGUCUGCACUUUAUAAAACUUUAGGAGAAAAAACACAAAAGGAACCUUGAUCUGAGGUUUUCUAGAAGCCUUUUCUUCAUGCUGGAUGAUUAUUGAUUGUUGAAACAUGCAGGAAAUGAAGAUCAAAAUGUAUUUUUGAUGACUGUGAAUUGUAUGUUUGUUCACAAGAGAAAAAAAUCUUCCAGUCAGCCCAUGGGGACAUAAAGGUUUCUCUUUAGAGACUCUUUGUUUCUUUCUGACUGAUUGUUGUUUUGGUCCCGUUUUAUCAGUCUUAACUUCCGGCUUCAUCCUGCCAUGUUUCCCUACUAUAACUGGAGUAUUCAUGUACAUAUCACUUUGAAGUGUUUUAUAACUGGAAGUAAAAAUGUUUUGCACCAAUAUAAUAAACAUAUCACCCUUUUAUUUUUUCUGGCCCUAACAGAGUUUUACGUGAACCAUUAAACGCCUCUUUACUGCAGCUCUUUCAGCUUGUUUAGGUUUUAUAGCCCAUGCCUUUACGGUUUUUCAUCUCUUCAUUGGUUGCCUGUUUUACUGUUUACACAAAAAAUUAAAAGCAUAGUUAAGGA